ACUUCCUGAGGAUUUUCUUUCAUAGAACUUUACGUGCCCAUUGCUGUUUUUUUAACAACUGCUCUGUCUGAUACUUAGAUAAAGGCAGCGAUAGGUCCGCUUGUACCGAUGGCCAAACAAUGUAAAGACCGGAAACUAUUUUCAUAACCGACGAACGUCAAACUUGGUAACGCCUUCAUGUUCCAAAGUACAACCAGAGUACCGGUUGGCUAACAAUUUGUGCAAGAAGUCGCCAGAUCAAAGGACGUUUUUGUCUGCCAGUUUACUUUUGUUGAAGAGAGUACACAUUAAGGGUUUUUACAGCUGUUGUCAGCAAGAGCAAAAAUGAGUCGAAGAGGUGAAAGAAACGAGGAAACGGACAAAGCUUCUGUUUCCUCAAAGGUCGCAGACGAUUCACAGAUGACAACAAUUUACGCCGUGUAUCUCAUCGCCGCUUUGGAUAUCACAUGGAUGUUUUUACAGUUCUCCGUAACCCCUUAUUUGGCAAAGAAGCUCGGCUUCGACACGUUGUGGUUUGGUUAUUUGCAAACUACAGUUGGAGUUAUUCAGCUGCUCGGGGGCCCAAUGUUUGGAAGGUUUGCAGAUCUAUUUGGGGCACGGAUGGCUUUGUCCCUGGCAUGUGCUUCAACUGUUGUCUUCUUUCUGCUGCUGGCCAUAGCAGACACUCCAGCCAUGUUGUUCAUCCAUAAAAUCCCCACAAUCUUUAUGCAUGUCCUCCCUGCAUCACAAAUGGUCGUUACAGACCUUACAAAACCUGAGAAACGGGCCGACGCCUUAUCCAAGCUUGGUCUGUGUUUUGGCAUCGGUAUGAUAGUUGGCUCCACAUUAGGCGGACAGCUGAGCAAACUCUAUGGGGAGAAGUUUACUGCAUAUUUUGGUGCUGCAGGGAGUGCCUUUAGCUUGCUGUUGGUUUUAAAGUUCAUCCCAAAAAAUACAAAAGCUGAAACCACCAGAGGCAACACCACAGAUGACAACAGAAAAAAGUCAGUAUUCAAUCUGGGUGAGAUUACGAGGCUGAUGAAGUUUCCAACAGUGAUGCAGACUUUCAUUAUCAAGAUAGUCGCAGGUUUGCCAUCAGGCAUUUUUCAAGUGAUGUUUUCUAUCAUUGCACUGGAGUUCUUUAAGCUGCAGCCUGAGCAGAAUGGCUACCUGAUGGCCUAUUUUGGCAUCGUCCAAAUGGUUAUUCAAGGAGGAGUGAUCGGUCGGCUUACAGCAAGAUACUCUGACAACUCAUUGCUGCUUCUAUCCAUUGGAGUGUCCUCUUUAGUGGGACUGGCUCAGGCAUAUAUACAGAAUGUGUGGCAGUUCUGCCUUAACAUCCUCCCGAUGAUGUUUUCUCUCAGUGUGUUUAAUGUCAUCACAGACAGCAUGCUCACAAAGAGUGUACCGUCCUCUGACACAGGCACAAUGCUGGGACUGUGCGCAUCUGUUCAAUCUCUGCUUCGCACAGUGGGACCUACUAUAGGGGGCUUCCUGUAUGUGAACUACGGCAUUUCCUCUAUAGGUUUAAUUCAGUUUUUCGUGAAUAUUGCUGUGUUUGUCUACCUGCUACAGCGACGACUCAACAAGACAGCCGAGCAGAGAAAGUGACACCUCUCAGGCUUUUUGUCUCGCUUGUUCAAAAACUCAAAAAAAGGAGAGGAGAUGGAAAUCAGCUGUUGAUUUUAAAAACAAGCAUUAUAUACACACAUAUGUCCCCUUUUUAGUAACUGCCAUAAUUAGAUCAUAUCCCAUUAUUCCAGUGUGCAGAUUUUGUGCUCUGUUCAAGUUUCUGCGAUGAUUCAGUGUCAGACCACUAGAUGGCACCAAAUCCUCUAUUUUACUGGCUGAUGGUUUUAUUGGCUCGUUGUUCACAUAAACAUCAUAGUUUAAUCAGUUUGAUUAUGAUUGAAAACAGGGCCAACUCCAUUCCCAAUACUUUCUUAAUUUACAAUAAAAGUUAAUUUUCUUAAGUUAUUGUUUUGCAUUAAACUUUCGGAAAUGCUUUUAUUUUUUGUAUACUAAUUCAAAGUCAGGAAUGCACUGUAGACUUACCUUUGCACUGAAAAGGACCAAUGUUAAUUUUAAACAACCACGCUUUUUAAAGGCUGUAAACUUUCAUAUAAAUAAAUGUGUGAGAGAAAAAAAAAAUUUAAUAAUAAUAAUUGCCAGAAUAGUUCAGAGACUAUGAUGCCAGUGCUGUCCUGGUACACCCUUAGUAUCACCCAGCCAGGCUUCAACUCACUACUGUAAGUAAACUCCUUUUAUUUACUGGUUCAUAUUUAGGUUUAGAAUGAUGUGGUGAAAAAAAGUGAACUGAUAAAAUACAACAUGUUAAAGAUUAAACCAGUGGUUCCCAAUAUCCAGUAACCACCAACUGGAAUUAAGUAACUAAAAUACAGAACUUAACUAGUGUCCUGUGAUUUUGCUUACUUUUGUUCACUUUAGCUUUUCCAUUUGUAUAUAAAUGUAAAAAUCAUAACACUGCAACCACCUACAAAAUGGCCAAUCCUCCGUGUCUAAUGUAACACACCAUCAAGUCAAUUUUUCCCAAAGAUGAAAUAUGUUUUUAACUGUUGCAGAUACAUAUUUAUAGCUCUUCACAUUACCUGGUAUGAUUUUUGAAAAGAUUUUUAUAAACUGUAAUCCUGUCUGAAUUUAAAUCUAUGAGACAUCUGCAACAUCAAAGCUGUAUUAGUCUGGCAAAGUCUGUUUGGAGCUCUAACAGAGUUUGUAACCAACAUACAGCUGGUAAAACAAGUAUUGAAAAUAUUAAAAUAUAGGUUUGAUUUCUUUGCAUGUGUGGAUUGGAUGGGUUGUUACCGACAUCUGGUGAGAAGUUCAUCUCGAUAGCACAUUUAGAAAUACAUCUACUUAGAAAACUGGUGACGUGUUUAAAACUAAUUUUACCUGCUGUAUUUAAAAUUAUUGAAUAUUUCAGGGCUACAGCAUUCAUUAACUAUUUAUUUGUUUCUUGUACAUUUCUUAUACAGUUUCUUAUAUAGUUUAGAAACACAGUUCAGGUUUGGUUUAGCAUUUUUAGCAUCCAGCUGUGUGCUGUGUAAGUGGCAUCAGUGUCACCGGUAGAUUUUCUCCUUAUACAAACUAAGCAGUCCAAAUGAACACAAAAUAUAUAAUUGUGUGUGUAUCUUGCUCUCUCCAGAUCACACAGCGCAGUGUGAAUAGGGAUUCUUGUUUAUACACCAGGUGACUCAGGUGUAAUUAUAGUAAACAGAGACACAAUAAAGAUUAGGAUUAAAGAUUAAGAUGAAAUUUCCAGCAUAUGUCAGCCUGUUCAUGGUAUCAAGUACUGGAGCUAGCAGGAAUGGACUACCCACACAGAGUGUCUGAUGAAGCAGGUGAUGGAGGGGCUGAAAGUGCCUGAAAGGUUUCCCCUGCCUUAAUGAAGAUCAAAGAAAUCUGCAAGAAGGUGUUUAAAAAGAAGUUGAAAUGCCUAUAACAGCUGGACUCAAUGACAGGCUGCUGUAGAUGAAUCAAUUGUAGAAAUGUUCAGAGCUCACCUCACUGAGCUAGCAGCAGAGAGGCCUUCCCCACGGCUUACCUGUAGAAAUGUAGUUUUUACUACAUGUAUUCUUAUAGGCUUCCUUGUCCUGACGUUUCGACUCAAGAUAAAAGAAAAUGUAAGAAAUCAAUUAAGCAGUAUUGAAUUUAGUUAAUUACUAUAUACUUUUAUUUCUUUUCAUUCUUCACAUUUAUCCCAGGAAAGAAAAAUCCUACUAUACAUAUAUACAACCCUUGUUGUAAAGUAUUGUGAAGAAAUGUAAUGUGGGUGUGUAAUGCACUAAAAAUCCAAAGAACAAUGUACUUUGGCUUAUUUCUUUAGGUGUGACAUAACUUAUUUAGAUUAGCUGAUUAAAUAAGAUGAAACUUUAAUGAGGCUGGGGUAAAUCUGCUGCGGUAGAUAAUGAGAUACAGCAGGGGAAGAUAAGAGCAGACUGGAUGAAUGUCCAUAAAUUAAGUAAAACCAUUUAAGCAGGCUACAACAAAAGCAUCAGGAAUGUACAGUAUGCAACAAUAUUAGGAAAAAAAACCAAUAAAAUACAUUAAGAGAAACACGAGAUAGAAAAACACUUUCAAACAAUUUCAAGCUAAAUGAAGCCGAAAAGAGUGGUAUUCAUUUUGUUAUGCCGAGAGCUUUUUCAGAACAUCCACAAAGGCUCUCUGUGCAUGGAUGUGUGAUGUAGCAAAAAAAUGCUUCACCACAAGAACAGCUUCCACUCCUGCCCUCUGUCACAUCUCUUUCCCUUCUUCUCGUUUGAUGUUUAAUGGUGAGGUAAUGGUUUUUUUUUUUUUUUUUUUUUUUUUUUUUUUACCCUGUCCCGUUUGGUUCUUUUGCCUAAAGAUAAUCAUAGACACAAAUAUAUUCAGUAAAAAUACAAAUAACUCCAAAAUUAUCAGAAAACCUUGGGACCAUGACACUAAAGCAUCAUCAGUGACAUGUCAGUGAGUGGAUAUCAGAAGACAGGAUGGCACGACAGAAUCCCAACCCACCUGCUAUUAAAGAAUUCUGUUUAUGAGCGGCAGCCAAUAGGAGGACAGCUGGCUCAAAGAGAGUGUGGCCCUAAAAGGAAGUGGAGCUAAACCUGCAAAAAAACAGAAAGAAAGAAAAAAAAAAAGAAAUCAAUUAAGCAAAUGCUGAGAGAACUUAAUUCAGAGAGUAAAGAAACCACAAAUGUAUAAAAAUAAAAACUGGCCUUAGCCAAACCUCUGGCACCUGGUGAUAAAAACACUCGACAGAAGGUCAGAACAGCCUUGAAGAUAAUUCAAUAGUAUGACACAGGUCGAUAUGAGUUCCUGGAUACUCCAAAGCAAUGGAGUUAUAUUAAUAUACUGAAUUAAAGUGAAUUCUUUGUCCAUGCUUAAAGAAAUGGGAAGAACAAAUCCACUUUGGCCUGAACUUUAAAACUAAAUCAGAAAUCUGGUAAAGAAAAAAAAAAAA